AGCAAUGGCGACGGCGAGACUCUUCCUCCUCCUCCUCCUCCUGUCGGCGAGCUGCAGCGCGUGGGAGAUCAGCAUCCGGAUGCCGACGGCGGAUAGGCUGGAGGCCGAGGUGGUGGCGCCGCUGAUCCACGCGCUGCGGCCCCUGCUGGGCUCCGGCGGGCAGCUGGCGGCGCGCGCCGGCGUGGCGUGCGACAGCUGGAGGCUGGGCGUGGAGGCGCACAACGUCAUAAACUGGAAGACGGUGCCGGCCAAGUGCGAGGGCUACGUCGGCCACUACUUGCUCGGCGGCCACUACCGCCGCGACUCCGCCGUCGUCGUCGACGAGGCCAUCGCCUACGCCGAGACCCUCCAGCUUGCCGGCAACGGCAAGGAGGUCUGGAUCUUCGACAUCGACGAGACCUCCCUCUCCAACCUCCCCUACUACGCCAAGCACGGUUUUGGGGUUACGCCGUACAACGAUACGAGCUUCCGCGAGUACGUGGCGGAGGGGAGCGCGCCGGCGCUGCCGGAGACGAGGCGGCUGUACCGGCGGCUGCUCGAGAUCGGCGUCAAGCCGGUGUUCCUGACGGGCCGCACCGAGGACCAGAGGGCCGUCACCGUCGCCAACCUCCGCAAGCAAGGGUACUCCGGGUGGGAGAAGCUGCUGCUCAAGCCGGCGGUGCACGGCGCCGCCGGCGGGCUCCACGCGCCCGCGGUGGCGUACAAGUCCGGCCAGCGGCAGAAGCUGAAGGACUCCGGCUUCAUCAUCGUCGGCAACAUCGGCGACCAGUGGAGCGACAUCCUCGGCGAGCCGGAGGGCGCCCGCACCUUCAAGCUGCCCGACCCGCUGUACUACAUCGGCUAGGUCAUCGAUCGCCACCGGCGCCGGUGGCCAUCGGUGACGAGCUGCCAUGAAUUCUAGUCACACGUGCUCUUCAUCGAUCUUGAUGCUUGUCAUGAACUGCGUUUCUGAUAGUCUUCAAGGUCUAUCCUUUAUUUCGUUCAACUACUAGCUGUUGUUAGAUGCGAUUAUAAUAAGUAAUAGCACGUGGUUGAGAGUGGUACAAGAAUUGUCGAUCUAUGUACCAUUGAGCAAGCUUGUUGUCUUCAUCUCAGUCUAAACAAUGAUGGAAUUAAUCGAUCAAGAUGUC